CGGAAGUGUUGUCGGAGUUGGAAGGUUGGUGGUCCCCGAGAAGAAGCGCCCCAGCACCCCCCUCCUGCCCUGGAUGUCGACGGGCCAGGAAGAAGAUACUCUGUGAUGUGGUGUUAAGGAAGGAAGCUGUGAGAGGACUGGGCUGGAUCGGAGUUGGACGGUGGAGGCAGUGGCAACCAGUUGCUUCCUGGGAGGCCCCGGGGUAGCAAGGUGGACAAGGUUGCUCCCGUUGUGCUCUACAGCUCUACAGACAGUGAAGCGAGGGUGUAAAUCUAUGGGCAAGCAACUGGUAGUGUGGAAAAGUGAAGUGAGUUUUUCCUUAGAACGCCAAGGAUGUCGGCUCUGCGAGUGAGGAUUCUCGAGAGGAAAAACUCGCGCUGAGUGAGGUUCGCAGAAAAAAAAGGGAUUUUCGCCCCGACCAUCACAGACUCUGACACACAUUUUCCAGCGAUAAUCGAGUUUUGUGAGUGUGCGCUGCCAUGUGCUGAGGUUGCGAGAAAAAUUAAAUAAAAAAGGGAAAGUGUUUAUUUUUAGAAGCCCACCUUCGCCUCUCUCUCUCACUCAGGCCUGUCCUGGCAGGAAAUUUGAUUUCACAAGAGUAACAAUUUGAAGCGCGCUUCACCUGGGCAUCCAACGCCACAUUCAACGGGACAGGAAAAUGUGUCGAUUUUCUGUGUGUGUUACAUGGCAAAAACGAACUGAAUAUUUAAAUUGAGCGAGCGCCGGAAAGGUACAGUGUACAAACAGGAACCGAGUUUUUGUGAAAAGAGAGAACAAAAAAAAACACGAGAUACUUACAAAAGGUGAACAAAAAAGAAGAAUAACUCAGAGGAGGGAACAAAGUUCCUCCUCCGCUUCCGGCGGGACGCCACCCAACAUUAAGCUAGGCUGAGCUUUUCUCCCGACACAACCACCACCACCAGCCCCCGACAAACAAUCAGCGGAAAGAAAAAGUUUCGAAACGAAGUGUAUUUUUUCGUCGUCUGUGAGUGACAAAGUAACUUUCGAGAGGAUCAAAAUCUGCGCGCACACAUACUAGCGAACGUAGGACAAAGCAAGAGAGAGGGAGAGAGGCUAGCGUGAGAGAGAGAACAAUAGCGCCUAAGCAAGAGUGAAGAAGAGAGAAGGAGCGUGGCGCGUGGGCUAAGAGAGUCGCUCUCUCAUUUGUCGUGAUCUUAACUUAGAAUCAAGUAUACCACCACCACCAACACCACCAAAAAAAAAAACCAUCACUACUACCACUCUCUUUUGCACUCUUGUACUUCCGGUUCGGCGUACCCCACCCGGAACCGAACCCGCCCCGGCCGUAGAACAUGAAACAUGGCAAAACUGCGUCAUUACAGUCUCGACUCUUCUCGCAAGCGCAAAGUUCACUUACUGCAACUGCACAGACACAGUUUGGCCACCAGUUACACCAAGACCAUGACGGCGAUAUGCUUCGUCUGCAACCUGCCCAUCAUGUCGCACCAGGUGGGACUGGUCUGGCAGGGUGGCAACGGCUGGGACGAUCUUGUGCGCGAACAGGUCGAGGAAUCCACCGUACGGCAACGACUCGGUGGACGAAGGGACUCAGCAGCUCAAAUCAGUGGGGCUACCCCUCCUAGUACCUCACCGCCACCCGGCGCCCAACGCCGCCGCCGGAGUUCGCUGGCCCAGCUGACCGACAUCCUGCGCGAGUGGAGCGGCGGCGGUUCCAAACGGCAAAAGGCUCCGCUCAACCGGCGCGAAACCCUAGCUGACCUGGCGCGGAGCCUGCCCUGGAGCAAGGCCACCACUAGUGAUACCUACAACAAUAAUAACAAUAGCAACAGCAACAACAACAACAACAACAGCAAUAACAGUGGCCAUGCGCCUCCACUGCGCAAACGGCGCGAGUCGAGUGCCGAUUCCGGCGUCAAGAGCAUGUCCUGCCGGAAGGACUCGUACGUGGCCGACUUCCGGGACUACCGGGAGCGGGAGAGGGAACGGGACCGCGAGCGGGAGCGGGAGCGCGAAAGGGACCGCGAAGAGUACAACAACUACAACGCGGACAACUAUCGAGAUGGGUCGCGUCGUAACUCGAGCGAGUCGAACCGGGAUCGGUCAUCCCGGCGAGAUUCGAUCAUUGGCGGGACGGCCACUCCGCCUAUGCUACCGAAGGUCGUUAGUACGCAGCGAAAGCAACAGCAAUCCGGUCGCAAAGACUCCCUGGUGGUCGUCGAAAUGCCCAACUUCCGGCAGGAACAGCGUCCCUCAACCAGCUCGACGGCGUCCGACUCAGGCCCGCUGUACGUGGUGGCCAUCGCCGCCCAGCAGGUGGAUUCCGCCUGUCAGUCCAUAAUGCCACCGACCAUUAUUACCAGCUCGGUAACGCCCCCGGCCACCAGUCCCACGGCGCAAAAGGGCCGCCGCGACUCGACGACUCAGUGCGGGACCAAAAUGUCCCGCCGUGAUUCCCGUGUAAGUCCUGAACGUGCCCAGCGGCUUUCGAAGCUGCAAAGACAAGCCACUACCUACGACGAGAGUUGUCUGCCGCCCGGAGGAUGGAGCCGCCGGAGCUCGCAGCCGGCGCUCAGCCCCGACGGGGAGGGCCCCGAGCGACAGGCCCGCCGGGACAGCCUUAGCCCGGACAGUGCGUCCAGAGGUCGUCGCGACUCCCGGACGCACCUGUCCCCGGAUCGGAGCCACGAGCGCGAAGGUUCUCCCCGCCGGAGCCGACGCCUCCGCCGCCAGUCCUCGUCCGCUGCUCGACAGCCGCGCUCGCCCGAAUCGAGCAGUUGCUGUUCAUCCAGAGAUGCCAGCCCGUGUGCGAGACCACCGCCCCUGCCCGUGGAGAACGUGGCCCGGCCCUCGAUUCGGCGCCAGUCGACGACGGAGGAGAUCCUGAUAGCGAGAGGUUUCCGGCGCCAGAGCACCACCGAGGAGAUGAUACGCUGCCGGAACUUUCGCCGCCAAAGCUCGCAGAGUGACGACACCUCUCGCUACCGCGGCCGCCGAGACUCGUGCGCCCAGAUCAUCGACGGCACCGUUAGUACAAUGACUGUGGAAACCACUAGUACGUUUUUUGAUUCUAGUACUCAAACAGAACCAUCCCCACAGUAUGAGAACAACCACUACCACGAGGAAUGUUUGAGGUGCAACUCAUGCGGGCUCAACCUAACCGGUGUCAACCAGAAGCGAGCGAGACGAUUCAAGAACCAAAUCCUGUGCGAUCUGCACUUUGCCGACGUCGCCCUGAUGGAGUGUUCGGACUUUAUGCAGCAGCUGCGCAGCUUUAAGCCCCAGUCGCUGGGCUGUGCGGUGGCCCGGCGGAAAAGCUCCACCACGCUGAUCUUUCCGUUGCCCCCGCAGGCGUGCUCAGACGAGUUCUGCGAGGACUACCCGCACAAUCUGAUUCCGACGCCCGGCUACUGGAUCGAGUGCUCCCGGCAGAAGAUCGCCUUUGCCAACCAGCACACCAUAUGGGACGACAGCGAGUCGGAGCACGAGGACGCGGCCCGGGGCGGAAUCGAUCCGCCGCUCGAGCGCAACUGCAGCGACCUGUACGAGGACGACGAGGACUCGGACAAUGUGCCAAGUCAGCGUUUCCGCAGGAAAAAGACCGCCAUCGAGGAGCAGUGGGAGCAGCAGCAAGGUUUCGAACUUACCUCCGUCGAGCAGGAAACGUACGAGAAGUACUUUUACGGGUCCGAGCACUGGAACUACUUCACCAACGACGAGGACCUCGGCCCGGUCAUCCUGUCGAUCAAGCAGGAGACGAUCAACGGGCGCGAUCAAUUCCGGAUACUAGUUAGAGCUAUUUCGUACACCGUACAUGGACUGAUACCAGCCUCUUGUGUUUUUGCUGAUAGGUAUAAUAGAGAAGAAGUAGUUAGAUCGUUAGGUAAGGAAGUAAACUUGAAUCCACCUCUGACGCUGGGCCAGUUGCCAGACACUCCGGAGGAGCUUCUGAAACUCGAUCAGGUUUUCAUAAAAUCUGAGCUGAAGGUGGGCGUGAUCUACGUGAAGGAGGGUCAAUAUAGCGAAGAACAAAUUUUAGACAAUAAUGAAAAUUCACCGUUAUUUGAGGAAUUUUUACAGCUACUAGGUGAUAAAGUUAGGUUACGUGGUUUUGAUAAAUACAAAGGCGGCCUUGACACUGUUCACGAUUUAACAGGACUUUACUCCGUUUAUACAAACUGGCGUUCGAUAGAGAUUAUGUUCCACGUGUCCACGCAGUUGCCGUACGAGCGGCACGACCCCCAGAAGCUGCAGCGGAAGCGCCACAUCGGCAACGACAUCGUCUGCGUGGUGUUCCUCGAGGCGGACAACACCACCUUCAGCCCGGCCUGCAUCAAGAGCCAUUUUUUACACACGUUCAUCCUGGUUCGCGUGUCUGCCCGGAUCAAGCGGAAACCGACCCGGUACGAGGUGUCGGUGGUGACGCGGGACGAAGUUGGUGCCUACAAACCGUACCUCUGGGAGCAAUCGGUGUUUGAGAAGGGUCCGAUGUUCAGAGAAUGGCUGCUGACGAAGAUCGUGAACGGUGAGCGGGCGUCCUACUCGGCGCCCAAGUUCGCCCGGAUGCAGGAACGCACCCGGUCCCAGAUGCUCGAGGACAUCGUGGCCAACCUGGCCAACCACGCCGAAACCGGACAGAUCCCCAAACCAUACCGAAGGGGUUCGUGGCGACCCAUCGGUGAGGAUCCUUGCAUGUUACGAGUGACAGUUAGUUGCUGUAUGCGACUGUAUGUGGCGCAUAGACACAUGAGGCCUUCUUCACCGCUGCUAGACUCGGUUAGAGAUCAGUUCGAGGACUACGAUCAAUUAGCGAAAGAUUUUACCCGCGUAUUUUUAAACUCGGAACCGUCGUGUCUUCAGAACGCCCAGCUGUUCGACGUGGUGUUCCUGGUGGGCCAGCAGUCGAAGCAGCGGGCCCGCUUCAUCGGCGUCCGGGCCAUCCUGGGCGUGCGGAGUCGGGUCUUUCAGGAAAUGCUGUACGGCAUCCAGACCGGCUUCGGAUCGCCCCAGGUGCCGGUGGCGGAGCUGCUGGCCCGGCCCGCCCCCACGCUGCUCUCGCCGCAGAACCAGCGGCCCAAGAGUAGCAACUUCCUGCAGGUGCCGGACAUCGAAUCGCCCCGGCCCAAGAGCGUUCCGUCGUCACCGAUGGUGAAGCGGGCUUUUUCCCGCCUGGGAACGAUAACGGCCGGCUGGGGACGGUCGAUCCGGAAGCAGCAAUCCCAACUGAACGCAGAGGACAAGAAGAAGUGGGCCUCGUCGCAGGACUGUUCAGACAAGGACGGCAAGGAGAGCAGUUCCAAGAGCAAGGCGAACGCCGGCCAGCUGGCCGUUCCGAGACUGUCGGUGUGCGCCGACGCCCAGAAGGUGGACCGGGCGAAGCUCGCCCAGACCGAGUUUACGAUCAUCGAGUUCGACCCGGAAACGUUCCGGGUGCUGCUGGACUACCUGCACACCGGCAGUUGCCCGCUGACCUGCAUCUCGAUUCCGGGUCUGAUCUGCGCCGCCGAGCACUACGACCUGCCGGAGCUGCUGCAGGCCUGCUUCCACCACGCCAAGCAGUUCCUCCGGAUAGACGUGGUCUGUCCGAUGCUGACCGCGCUCGAGAACUACUACUGGCGGUACACGUCGGCGUCCGAGCUGGUCAACAUGAUACUGGCGUUCGUGGAGACCCGGGCGUACGCCCUCUUCCAGACGGCGGACUUUCUGACGCUCAGCGAGAGCAUGGUACAGAUGAUGAUGUGCCGGAACCUGGAGAUUCCGGAGGUGCGCAAGUUCGAGGCGAUGCUGGCGUGGGCCAAGCACAAGGUAAAAUCGAAAGCCUCGGCCAAGACGGACGCCAAGGUGGAGUUCCGGUGUACGAUGGAGCGGUUGGCGCGCGAUCUCAAGCUGCACCGGAUCUCGCCGCAGGAGCUCAUCAAGAUCGUGCUCCCGUCCAAGGCGAUCAAGAACGAGCGCAUCCUGGAGACGCUGAUGUACCAGGCCAACAGUGGCAUGUACCGCAUCCAGGACAGCUACCUGGAGGCGUGCCAGCAGAGGCUCCAAAAGCAGGACUCCCGCUACAGCGAGUGGGGCGAAAGCUUCGACUGCGGCUUAUAGGACGAGGAUCAGCUGUAGUGAAGCAGCUGAUCCUCAACCUACUCCUCCUCCGGCAGCAGCGGUAGCCCCAAAUUCACACCCAACAAACCGAGACGAUCCGACGAACAAAGACGACGACGACGACGACGACGACAACCUUGUUGUUAUGUGUUUACCAUGUGUUCUAGACAGAUUCUAUUGUAGAGAGGCGGUGGAAGGCAAGGUGAAUUGUUGUUCCUUUCCGUUAGAUGUGUACGGCGGAGCUGGUCCGCAACCUGUUAUCGCAAAUCGUGUGGCAAAUCAAGUGUUUUGGAUGAGACCCAUCCUGUUCAGUAGUUUACGGUAGUCGACAAAACCUAGCUGCGCUGUUGCGUUCAUCAAUCUUUUCUGUUUCACGCUGCUACCUUGUGUUUUAAAGAGAAAGAUAUAUACAUUAUACAUAUUUGCGCCAAUACGAGUUAAGAUGCAAUGAGGCAAAUUCUGUUCCUCAUCCGGUGGAUAUUUUCGUUGAGCGAUGGAAGCAGAACAAAACAAACAAAAACAAAAGGAGAAACGUAUAACAAAACAAACUUUCUGCAUGGCUGUUGAUUAUAUUGUAAUAAACUAAUACUAGCGAGUAAGUAUCUGAGAUGGUGCGGGGUAACCGUAGCAUUCACAACCGUCGCCACGUUCGAAUAAGAAUCAUUCUAGACGUACCUUCAUCAUUCAAUAGCCAAUCAUGCGAUCGUGUUUUGGCGCUGAGGACAAGUCGGUGGGAUGGGAACAAAAUCAUGAAAAAAAAUGUCUGUUACUAAGCUAACAAAACAUUGUAUUUCUUUCAACAUAUUUUUCCAGCUUUUGAAACAUUUCACCCAUCAUUCACCAUUAGCUGAUGCACGAAGUGAUUUGUUUACUUUUUUUUCGACUCUCCCCGUAAACGUCAAACCAUACCAAAGUGGCGGUUGUAUUGUUAAACCUACAAUUUUGGGUGGAUUUUUUUGUAAAACUUUUCAUCGGUAAGUUUUCUCAAGUCAGGUCAGUGAAAAGUUUGGCGGGGAUUGACACUUUUUCGCCAAACGUCAGCCUGACAUGUGCCGUUAAAUUUGUGUUUCCAGAAAAUCCACCAAAGUCGUCAGCUUAACAGAUACAUCUCCAGAAAAAGAUCCAGCAAAAAAUUGAAUUGAUUUCACGUUUGCUGAGGGUUGUCCAUUUUCUAUAUCUUCAACAUGUGGUGCACGCACAUUUAAAAUUUUAAUUUUUCAUCAAAACCGCAUUUAGGCGAGGGAGAUGUCACUUCCGCGCAAGGAUCUGACACGCAUGCAUUUCCUGAAGUCUCUGCCAGAGGCGCUGUCAAUAUUGUUUACGCGUGGUUUUCGAAAAGGUCGUAUAAAAUAAAUACAUAAAUUUUGUUCCCAAAUUAUUUUUUGCCAGAUUUGUUUUUAUCUUUUCUGUAAAUUUGCGAGAUUUUUCACAUUUUACAUUUAUUAGAUCAAUAAAACAAUGUUCUACUUGACGAUACAAUACUACCAAACUCACUAAACUAAACUAAAAAUCAUAAUAUUAUCAGUUAGCUUGAAAAAAAAAAUUAGUUUGAUUCUUGCUGACCGUUUUGGUUUUGAAUGAAUUUCAGUCAAACAAUGAAUGAAUUUCAGU